UUAUAAACAUUAAGGCGCGUGCAGGUUUCCUCCUCUUCCCCGGUUCUGCUCAACCAUGUUUAUUCCUGUUGCUCCAUUUCCGCCAGCCAACGCUGUUCGUUUCCCCUACAGCGGCUACUGCAUCUGCUCCGGUCUGGUCUCUUCUGCCAGAAUGACUCGCCUUAAGGCCUUAGCUUCGUUGAGCCGAAGCGCAGCAUCAGAGCAUUCAAGCACUUCCACAACCACGCCGCAGGUGGAACCCAAGCCCAAGCCGUGGCUGCUCGUCGGACUCGGAAACCCUGGAAAGAAGUAUCAAGGCACCAGACACAACGUGGGUUUUGAGAUGUUAGAUGCUAUAGCAAAAGCAGAAGGGAUAUCUAUAAGCAGUGUUAGCUUCAAAGCUCUUUUUGGAAAAGGUCGUAUAGGAAAUGUCCCAGUUAUGCUUGCCAAACCACAGACUUUCAUGAAUGCAAGUGGAGAGUCUGUUGGACCCAUUGUUUCAUAUUACAAGAUUCCACUAAGUCAAGUACUUGUGAUAUAUGAUGACAUGGAUUUGCCUUUUGCAAAAUUACGUCUUCUGCCAAAAGGUGGACAUGGGGGGCACAAUGGGAUGAGAAGUGUUAUUGACCACUUCAGAGGGAGCCGCGAUUUUCCUCGCUUGAGGAUAGGCAUCGGGCGACCUCCUGGAAAGAUGGAUACUGUUAAUUUCGUUCUUCAACCUUUUAAUAGACAAGAACGUGAAGAGUUGGACAUCACAUUUCAAAAUGGACUGGAAGCCACAAGGAUUCUUUUGCUUGAGGGAUUUAACAAAAGUGCGACAUUUGUUAAUAGCACAAAACCAAUGGAACAACUUGGUUGAGAGCUUAAAAGAGAAUGCGAUUGCUUUGGAAUCAUAGUGGGUGAAUGAGAACACUGUUAUGAUAAAUGAUGGGGUGUUGUGCUUAAUGGCCAGUUCAAAGCUUCAUCAAGAAAGCAAGAAGGCUGGUUAUCAAAGCCUUGCCACUGAUUUUCUAAUAUUGAUUCUUUGUAUUUUUUUCUUUUUUUGGUAAAAUUCUUUGUAUUUUUUUUCAUACAGAAGAAAUGUGCCACAACAUUUUCCUGUGAUUCAAUGAGGUUAAUUGUUUCAAGACAUGAACUCGUUUUGGAUGAUGAAUUUAUUCUUUAAAAUUUCAAAUACUAAUUCAAACUGAGAUAACAAGGAAGGUUAUCCUAUCUGCCUUA